GUUGUAUUUUUGGUGAUUAUGGAUUUACCCGGGAAGAUCUUUAUCCAAGCGGGAAGCUUGCGCAGAAGGCUCGGUGGGGAAUCGUCUGCUGUGAAGCGCUGGCGGCAGCUGGGGCAGCGGGACAAGGAAGUCGCCAAGCAGCACUGUGCCCCGUGGUGUGCGGGAGGCUGGUUGGAGUAAGCGCUCCGCACUUGGGAGCACGUAGGAAGUGCUGUGCAGCCAGUAGGAUCGCAGGAGCCCCAGCAGCCACCAUUGGUCGAGUUUCCAACCGAGAUUAGUGCCGCUGGCACCGGCGCCCGGGACAAAAAGCCCUUUGUGUAAAAGGGAGCGAGGCACCGGCGCUGCUGAGAACUUUGUUUACGGUGAGGUCCUUUGGCUGCUCCCCGAGCAGAGUUUGGAGACCUGAGGGACAGCUGGCUGCCGGCUAGCAGCGCUGGGGCAGCAGGAGGGGCAGGGUGGCCCGGGGGAGGCAGGCUGGCUGCCGUCGCAGGGCCGGGCAGCGCUGCCUGUCGCGGUGCCCGGAGUGAGCUCAGGCGGUGGCUGAAUGCCUGUAGUAAAUAUUUGUUCUGCAGUUAGUGGCGCUGCUAGCAGGGAACUUCUUCCGUGCUUCACGCAACAUGGAAGGAGGAAAUGGGAUGCCCGGGUGUAGUGAGCUUUCAGAGCUGGAGAAUGCAGCAGCAGACGAACCUGAGCUUUCCACUACUUUCUCCGUGAAAACGCUUCUGGGAUUUACAAGUAAACUCGAACCCGCGGCUUCCAGAGAAGAAACGACAGUGCUUAAAGCAUUCCAACCUUUGCACCCCAGUGUAAACACCCCUGCCAACACCUGGCACGUGAGGAACGGUGAUGGCUGCAGCGAGGGCUCGGGAAAUCAGCACGCCGUGAAUAGUGCCAGUGGCCAAGCUGACCCAACGGCUGGCCGGCAAAGCGGCCCGGAACUGGACUUGGCUGAGCAGAAUGAAUUGCUGCUUCACCAUCUGCGGUUGGUACAGGCUUCUCUGUCUGAAUCUGACAACGACGACAAGGAUGCUAUUCUUGUGCAGGGGACUUUGGUUCACACAACAAGUGACACAGAGUCGGAUGCAGAGAGCAAGGACCUAGACACCGAUGCAAAUGAUGCGAGCGAGUCGGGGCUCAGUAGUGCUGCUGUGUCUGCUGAGGCUUUGGGUGAUAACAAUCGACACAAGGAAGAGUCAGAAUCGGAAGGGCACAGCAACAGCGAUGAUGCUGUGGGUACAGAUGACACCGAGUUACACCCAGCACUUUCUAAGCAGCUCCCCAGAGAGCUGGAUGGUGUUCUGGAGCAUGACUCUUGUGGAGAAGACAGGCUAUUAAUGGAUGAGCAGUUCAGUCACUUGCUUGCUACAGGGGAAUGCCCUCAAGAACUUCUACCUGAAGAACAAAGACCUUCAGCUGAUCAUACGUUGCUCCCCAAAACGGCACUGGCUGAAAAGACUUUCCAGCUGCCUGCUUUCUUCAGUGGACUGCGGGUGAGGAAGAAGGGACUGGCCACGGAGAGUGAGGAAACGGUUACAGAAAUCAAACCACGGGAGAACGAUUUAGCUCUGCUUAAGUUACGCCAGCCGGUGAAGAAAUCCAGCAUCACGUCAGGCCUGACCACUAAGAGAAAAGCAGCUGAGCCUAAAGCAAGUCCUACCUUCCUGGAGCAGCUCUCACACUUGUUAAACAUAGACGUCUCCAAGAAUGAAGACAGAGCUGAGGACUCUGCCGAGGGAUCUGCUGGGGAGGCCGAGGACAGCGAUGAAGCUCAGGGGAGCAAAGCCUCCGGCAAAACAGACCCAGGGUUUCCCUCUGAGGAAGUGAAGUCGAGCCCUGCCGAGUCUGCCUUGGAGGUCUUCAAGGCUUUAUUCACGCGGCCUCCUAAGAAGGAGUCAACUGCCGACACUUCGGAGCUGGAAGCCAUAAAGCGCAAAAUGAGAAGCGAGAAGGAGUACUUGAAAGCUGUCUUUGAAAGGUCAAAAUCAAAACCUGGGGAUGGACCAGCAGACAAAUCUCCUGACCUGAGUCCCUCAGAGCAAGAUGACAAGACUCCAGGGAGACUCCAGACUGUCUGGCCGCCGCCAAAAGCAGAGCACGAAGAAGUAAAAGUGGGAUUAAAGUACACAGAAGCAGAGUACCAAGCUGCCAUUUUGCACUUAAAGAGGGAACACAAAGAAGAAAUUGAAACAUUAAAGUCUCAGUUCGAGCUCAAGGUCUUCCAUAUCCGUGGGGAACAUGCUGUAUCCACUGCUCAGCUGGAGGAAGCCAUUGCACAGCUGAGGGAUGAGCUGGACAAUAAACUGAAGAGAAGGAAUGAGAAAGCAAAGGAUGUUUCUGUUUCCACUGAGGAUGAGAACCCCCCGAAGACCUUCCGCAACGUCUGCAUACAGACUGACAGAGAAACCUUCCUCAAGCCCAGCGAAGAGGACAACAGAACUGUCAAAAACAACCAAAUAGUACCCAAAAAGCUCAAUAUUUCUUCUUUGUCACACAAUAUUUCUGCCCAAAGUGAAAACAAGGACAGUUGCAAUGCACAGUCUCCAGAAAGUGUCUUAACCUGUCAACCCAAACAAAUGCUGCCUCCUCCUCCACCCCCACCCCCACCUCCACCUCCUCCUCCUCCUCCCCUUCCUGACCCUGCACUCCCAGGUCAGGUUCCUCCACCACCACCUUUGCCAGCUGGUCCAACCUCGCUGCCAUCUCAGUUUGGCUCUGCUCCCCCCCUGCCCCCUCCGCUGCCUGAGGGCUGUAGGCAUUCUCAGGCGCCGCCGCCGCCACCGCCGCUCCCAGGGCUGGGCCCUCCUCUUCCUCCUCCACUGCCUGGGUCUGGCUUACCUCCCCCCCCUCCCCCCCUCGGGCCUGGGUUCUUGUUCAGUAGCACUUUAUCUUCACACCAAGGUCCUCGCAAGCCUGCCAUUGAGCCCAGCCGCCCCAUGAAGCCUUUGUAUUGGACUCGGAUACAGCUGCAGGACAGCAGGAAGACUGCCAUGCCAAUGCUGUGGGAAUCACUAGAAGAGCCUGACAUACUUGAUACCACUGAGUUUGAAUAUUUAUUCUCUAAAGACACCACUCAGGAAAAAAGAAAGCCAUUGUCAGAGACUUAUGAAAAGAAAACCAAAGCCAAAAAGAUUAUCAAGCUGUUGGAUGGAAAACGGUCUCAAACUGUAGGGAUUUUAAUAUCCAGUUUGCACCUGGAGAUGAAGGACAUUCAACAAGCUAUCCUCUGUGUUGAUGACUCCAUAGUAGAUCUGGAAACACUGGAAGCACUGUAUGAAAAUAGAGCACAAAAGGAUGAACUGGAGAAAAUCAAGCAGUAUUAUCAGACUUCAAAAGAGGAGGAACUGAAGCUACUGGAUAAGCCAGAACAAUUUUUGUAUGAGUUAUCUCAGAUCCCAAACUUCACAGAACGAGCUCAGUGCAUCAUCUUCCAGUCGGUGUUCUCUGAAGGGAUCACAUCGGUGCGCCGCAAAGUCGAUAUCAUAACGCGCGUCUCCAAGGCUCUGCUGAACAUGGCAAGUGUAAAGGAAAUUUUAGGACUGAUUCUGGCUUUUGGAAACUACAUGAAUGGUGGAAACAGGACCCGGGGUCAAGCUGAUGGGUUUGGUUUGGAGAUCCUCCCCAAACUGAAGGAUGUCAAAAGCAGAGAUAACGGUAUUAACCUGGUGGAUUACGUCGUCAUCUAUUACCUCCGCCACUGUGAUAAGGAAGCGGGAACAGACAAGAGUAUUUUCCCCUUACCAGAACCACAGGAUUUUUUCCAGGCCUCCCAAGUGAAGUUUGAAGACCUAAUAAAAGACUUAAGGAAACUGAAGAGAGAUCUAGAAGCCUCUGAAAAGCAGAUGAAGUUAGUUUGCAGAGAGUCUUCUGAGGAGCAUCUCCAGCCUUUCAAGGAGAAAUUAGAAGAUUUCUUCCACAAAGCUAAAGAAGACCAUAAAAAAGAAGAGAGCAGUUUGGAAAAUGCACAAAAAUGCUUUGAAGAAACAGUGGGGUACUUCGGGAUCAAGCCAAAGCCUGGCGAGAAGGAGAUCACCCCCAACUACGUGUUCACGGUGUGGUACGAAUUCUGCAGCGACUUCAAGACCAUUUGGAAACGGGAGAGCAAAAGCAUUUCCAAGGAAAGAAUCAAAGUGGCUCAGCAAUCAGUGAGCAAGUUAACUGCAGAGAAGAAGGUUGAAACGAAGAAAAUCAACCCCACAGCUAGCCUGAAAGAAAGGCUACGUCAGAAGGAAGCCAGCGUGACUGCCAACUGAGAGAGGAGUGCUGCUGUGACUUCAGGCCUCUCGUCAUGCUUUCCUGCACCCCUGGCCCAGGGAGCAGCUUAUGUUAGAUCCUGGAUUCUGCUCUGCUGCUCUGUUCCAAGACAAUCCACUAAAGAGUUGUUCUCAGUUUCUUCAGCAGUGUUUGGAGCACUCCCUGGGAGGGAAUUCAAAGAAGAUUUUCCACGUGGGGAAGCGAAAAUUGAUUUUCUCCAGCUCUUCCUUGCAUUGCUUCACAAGCAUCUGGUUGUUGAUGGCUGCUUAAAGCACUCUUAAUGCAUUCAUGGGGAAGAGCUAGAAGGAACCUUUGGGGGCUGCUGAGUUAAGUAGUGACUAACAACCUGUAGGUUAUUUACAGGGCUUUGUGUAGGUGACAGCCACACAGCUCACUGGGGACUUUGGCAUCACCCUUCUUGUUGCUUCUGCAGCCACUGGGGUGCAAACUGACUGCUCCUAAAUAACCUCACAGUGUCUGAGGACUGGGUGCAUCUUUCUAAAG